ACAUAAGGAAGUUGCAAAUGUAACGUUCUGUUCGUUUCAGUAUCACAUUUGACUAACUCCUGUCAAAUGAUCGAUAUGGAUACUCUCCCAGUCACUUGCCGCUCGGAUCUCUUGACAUUUGCAGAUAUGGCGGACGAGGAGAAUGUUGUCGAUGACGCUCCCGGUUCGGGCGAUACAAACACGGUUUUCGGCCUUAGGCUUCGAGGCCGAAAGGGUGCUUUGAAGAAGAAAAAUGUGUACAACGUCAAAGAUCAUAAAUUUAUUCCUCGAUUCUUUAAGCAGCCGACGUUUUGCAGCCACUGCAAGGAUUUCAUUUGGGGCUUCGGCAAGCAAGGUUUCCAGUGUCAAGUAUGCAGCUUCGUGGUCCACAAGCGAUGUCACGAGUACGUCUCGUUUACCUGCCCCGGAGCCGACAAAGGAGCAGAUUCAGACGCCUCCGCCAUGCACAAGUGGGAGGUUUUCACGUACUUGACUCCGACUUUCUGUGACCACUGUGGUUCCAUGCUGCACGGCAUCACGCAUCAGGGCCUCAAGUGUUCAGCAUGUGACAUGAACGUGCACAAACGCUGUGUGGAGACGGUUCCUAACCUAUGUGGCUGUGAUCACACGGAAAGAAGAGGGCGAAUUGAACUGAAGAUUAUUUGUGCUGGCAACAAAUUGACUAUUGAAAUUCGCCAAGGCCGAAAUCUAAUUCCAAUGGAUCCAAAUGGUUCAUCUGAUCCAUAUGUAAAACUCAAGCUCAUACCCGAUACAGACAGCAUAAAGAAGAAAACAAAGACAAUCCGUUCCUCUCUGAACCCUGUUUGGAAUGAGACAAUAACAUUUGAACUGAAGCCAGAAGACAAGGAUAGGCGGCUUCUGAUAGAAGUGUGGGACUGGGAUCGAACUUCACGUAAUGAUUUUAUGGGCUCCCUGUCAUUUGGCAUCUCAGAGCUCAUUAAAGCACCAGUUGAGGGGUGGUACAAACUCCUGACACAAGAGGAAGGAGAAUUUUACAAUGUCCCCGUACCUGAGGAGGGUGCAGAUCUUGCUUCACUGAAAAAUCAGAUGAGAAAAACUUCCAUUACAAAGAAAGCACCUCCUCCUUUUGACAAAGAUGUACCACACAAUAUGGGAAGGAAGGAUGUCAUACGUGCUUCAGAUUUCAACUUCCUCAUGGUUCUGGGGAAAGGCAGCUUUGGCAAGGUUAUGUUAGCAGAAAGGAAAGGAACAGAUGAAUUGUAUGCAAUUAAAAUACUGAAGAAAGAUAUCAUCAUUCAGGAUGAUGAUGUAGAAUGUACAAUGGUUGAAAAGCGAGUGUUGGCCUUAUCAAGCAAACCACCCUUCCUUGUUCAGUUGCAUUCCUGUUUUCAGACUAUGGACCGCUUGUAUUUCGUGAUGGAAUAUGUGAAUGGAGGAGACUUAAUGUUCCAGAUACAGCAGUGUGGUAAAUUUAAAGAACCUGUUGCUGUGUUCUAUGCUGCAGAGAUUGCAAUAGGACUAUUUUUCCUUCAUGCUCGAGGAAUUGUAUACCGAGAUUUAAAACUGGACAACGUUCUUCUGGAUCAGGAUGGACAUAUUAAAAUAGCUGAUUUUGGCAUGUGCAAAGAAGGUAUAACUGGUGACAAGACAACAAAGACAUUCUGUGGGACACCAGACUACAUAGCACCAGAGAUUAUUUUGUAUCAGCCUUAUGGGAAAUCUGUGGACUGGUGGGCUUAUGGUGUAUUGCUGUAUGAAAUGCUUGUUGGACAGCCUCCAUUUGAUGGUGAAGAUGAAGAAGAACUUUUUGCUGCAAUCACUGACCACAAUGUCUCAUAUCCUAAGAGCUUAUCAAAGGAGGCAAAAGAAGCAUGCAAAGGGUUUCUUACUAAGAACCCAAUGAAAAGACUUGGGUGUGGGACAAGUGGAGAAGAGGAUGUCAGAGGUCAUGCAUUUUUCAGAAGGAUUGACUGGGAAAAAAUUGAGAACCGUGAAGUCCAGCCUCCUUUCAAGCCAAAAAUAAAACAUCGUAAAGAUGUCAGCAAUUUUGAUAAGCAGUUCACAUCAGAGAAGACAGAUCUAACACCUACUGACAAACUGUUCAUGAUGAAUCUCGACCAGACUGAAUUCAUGGGCUUCUCAUUCUUAAAUCCAGAAUUUGUGCAGCAUGUGUAAAACCAGUUUGGCAGAUGUUGUCUGCUUAUGGUGAAAAGAGAGAUGCGCCUACCUCCUUGUUGAUGGAAGAAUACUGUUAGAAGAUGAAUGUUCCAUGUCAGGUGAACAGUGUGUCUGGAUACAUGAUCCACUUCUCUUUCAAACCUUCUCAUGGUCUUCCUGGUUGGUUUGAGCUGUGUGCACAUGCCAGAAGCAAUAAAAGUAAGAUAAUUAGAAUUGACACUGCAACCUGUAUUGUUUUAGCUGUUUAAAGUAUGUUAUUGGAGAGCAAUAGCGUUCUGCAUACUCAUAAUUUUCAAACACACGUGUCUGAAAAUUUUGUAUUCAUUCCAUCUGUGUACAUUAAACAUUAAAUGAUACUUUGACAUUUGUAAAUUGUAGUUCAAUACAUUUAAUGCUAUAAACACUCAGACACUUUGUUACUUUUGAAACUUUAGUGAUUGAAUUUCUAUUUCAAUUCUCAUUAUCCCAUCGUGUUUGGAAUUAAAGAUAGAACUAGUUUACAAGACAAUAUGAAAUACUCUGAUUUCCAAAUGAAGCUUUAUUAUUAUCUAAAUAUAGAAACAUAUCUGACAUUCCUAGAAUUCUGUGCAGUUUCAAUAAAAUGGUGAUUGUAAAUAGUUGUUCAUAUUAUACAUUUUGUUUUGAGAACUGCACUGCAAUGUCUCUUCGAAAAUGUUUUCAAAGUUGUUUCUUUAUGUGUACUAUCUUUUGUGUUUAAAAAUAUAGUUAUUUACACACAAAUAUGUAUAUUGUGUGUGGAAGAUGUACACAAGACAUUAGAAAUGAUAUUAUAUAGUUGAAACUUAAUUCUCUUAAAAAAAUAUUUUUAAUAAAUGUUCCAAGUGCCUGCUUCAAACACUCUUCAUGCACAUUGGGACAUCCAUAUCUCAUAAUAUUAUGUGAAUUGUCUAUCAAUAUGUGUGCUUAUGGGUUGGAUUCCACCAAUGUUUAUAGUGCAAAUAUGUAAUAUAAUUUUUUACAUUCGAGUUCCUACUGACUGAUAGAAAUGUUAAUUACUCUUCCCUGUUAAAUACAUUGUGUGUUCUAACAGACAGUUUGUUCUUCAUUUGACCAUUGUGGUUGUGUGUUGAACAACUUACGAUUCUGUACAAUAAUGUGACAUAAUAUUCCAACAUUGUUAUAGAAAAUUACACUGUAUAACACCAAGCCUGUUGCCUGUUUUGUGAUUAUAUUGUGCUGUCAUUUUUAAAGGUGCAAGAGGCAUGCAUCUCAUUUCAGAUUUUUAAUGUAGUGUGAGUACAAUUUUAAUAAACUAUAUGUGCAGCUUUGUCAGAUUAAACACAAUAUCCUUUCCAGUCUCAGAAUGUUUAAUGUAUUACUUCUUUUCUUAUGUAAAAGUUCUGUCUGGAGCACUAAUUGAUUUACCACAUAUACAUAUAUAGUACUAAAGAGAAGUAAUACAAAUAUUUUCACCAUUUUAACAACAACAAUAAUAAUAAUAAUGAUAAUAUAAUAAUACCAAUAAACUUCCUAAAAAAAGAAAUAUAUGUAUGAAAGUUAUAAGUUGAAAUUAUUUACCCAUGAAAGAAUGGCCAAAAUAUUUUGAUGUUUCUGUAUUUUUCUUUGGUGUUAUAACUUUGGUAUGGUUGCAAAAGUAUUUGUCAGGCUUAUUAGGACUGCAGUACUGUAGAUGUGUGACACUUGUUAAACAAUUACUUUUUAGCAUAAGAUUUGAUUUCUAUUGAUUGUCUUUAUGUAUUUGUUUCCAACACUAGUGUAUAGGAAAACUUCUGAGUUGUAUAUCAUAACAGAGGCCAAAGAAAUCUACACAAAUGACUUUCUCAAAGAUAGUGGAAGCUAUCUUCUAGCUUAACAGUAGAAGGGAUGGUUUUAUGUGAAUGGAUUUCUGUUGAAGAUAUUUGGACUGUACUUGGCAAGGGAUGGGGAAUGCGGAGACACACACACACACACACACACACACACACACACACACACACACACACACACACACACACACAGAGAGAGAGAGAGAGAGAGAGAGAGAGAGAGAGAGAGAGAGAGAGAGAUUUUUUUGGGGUGGGCGGUGGGGGGAUAUAUACAUCUGUGUAUUUUAUCACAUAUUUCAAGUUUCUUCUGUCCAAGGCAAAUGCAAUUCACCAUUGAUGUGCAUUUUAUUAAUUUAUGAGCUGCCUGAAGCUCAGGUAUUACUGGUAUGAAACCAUUGGUACCCAAAAGCUUUCUGUUAUUGAAGUCAAAAUAGGAAUGAAUAUCAUAAUUUUGUGCUUUUGAGAAAUUGCAUUAAUAUAUUUGUAGUACACAUCUCCAUAAAAAAUUUGCAGGCAACAGUUAAAUUGGGACAGUAUUUCUGUAUGCCUAUGACAUGUAAUGAAAUUCUUGUAUUUUGCAUUGUUUCCAAGAAAGCAUUACUGGUAGGAAUACAUUUUACAGUAUCAAGAACCUUUGUAUAAAAAUGAUAUGUGUAUUCUAAAAUUAGAGAAGAUAAUUUAAACUGGUAGUUAAAACUGCAAAAAGUAUUUAUAAGAGGCAAACUUAACAAAACAGCAUGCUGUAACACAGAAGUAUAAAUAUAUUCAUAAGCUUCCACAUUCAAAUGUUCCAUUUGCUGAGCUCAAAAACAAACUAGAUUGUGUAUUGCAGUAGAAAGAGAUACAGAAAGAGACAAGCAUGCAGAGAGAAGUAGACAGAAACUUUCCAUUAUAACCAGUGCUGAUCUGUCUGUAAUUAGUUGUGCUUAAAACAUAUCAUCAUUCACUGAUUACCUACCCCUUCAUGGUAUAAGCCAGAAUGUCUCUAUACUGACAUGCUGUUUUGGUAAGUGAUGUUGUUUUAUUUAUAUUUCAAUGAAGUGAACUCUCGUUUGUAUAAAUGUAUCAUUUGGUGCUAUUGUUGUAAACAGAUUCUAUUAAUUAGAAGUGUCUUAUGUUUCUAUGAUUUCAGAAUUUCCAUCUUGCAUGCAACUCCUCCAAUAUUACAGCUACCAACUUUAAGUGGAAUUAAUUAAAAGUGGAGCAUAAAAGCUGUUUCGUUUUAUUAUGUUAACAGAGCAUCUAAGCAUGUACUAUAUGAUGACAUUCCAAUAGCAUUUUUGUAUCUCACAGAUCAGCCAUAGAGAAGUACCUUCUGCAAAAAUAGAAACACUGUCUCUUGAAGAGCAACAGUGUUUGCCAUCCAUACUAGCGUCUUCACUGUUCCCUUGCAGUGUUCCACAUGGAUGUAACACCUUUUCCAUGUGUUUAUUUAUUGUAAUACUGUUCUUUCACUGUAUGGUAGUGCUUUCUGCCUUCAUACCUUUUCUUUUGCUGUUGUUGUCCGUUAGUAUUUCCUUCUGACAUUUCCCCAUUCUUUGCUUUCCAUCUCAUCAUUUGCUUUGAGUCUACUGAAGGACGGUAUGACUGAGGGAAUGAGGUUUUCUUAACUGUUUUUCCUGGAGUAUUAGUAGGUUAGCCUGUGGUGUGAGUCAGAGUAUCUUCAGCUUUUGUUUGCAUUUUAGUCAUUUAUGGCACAUUUUGUCUGAUUUGUUAAGAAAUUGAUAACAACACCUACUAUUCUCCACUUAUUAACAAUUAUUGUCUCCAAUAUAUAAUACUGUAUUACAGUAAUAUUCUGUGUGAACAUUAUGUUUUCCUCUAAAAAUAUGUCUAGACAUUAUGUUUGCCUGCAUCUUAUUGAGACAUUAUUUGUAUUACUUAGGACAGGAAUUAUUCUUCUGUGUGAAUAUUUAUCUUCAUUGCUUGUAUAUCAUACACAGUUUUUAUUUGCAGAUCAUCCUUACUUUAGUGAAUCAAUGAAAAUAAUCAAUUUUUGAAAAUAUGUUGUAAUGUAUAACCGAGCUCACCAAGCUCACUCAUACUCUUGUCUGGUGCAGUCCCCAACAAUUAGUCUUUCCUUCUCAUCCUGUCCAGUAAGUCUCCCCUGACCCAGGGUUCUGUCUGACUAUUCCAAACUCUCCUCAUUUCCUAAACCUCAUCAGUUCUUUUGCUUUACCCCUCUGCAUUCCCCUUCAAUUUUUCUGCCAGAAGAAGGAGCCUCCAACUCCAAAAGCUUGCAAAUUUUAAUACCUGUAUGUGUGUGUUCUCCUGCCACUGCUUGGUAAGUAGAUUUUUAUCCAUUCAUUACAUUGCAUCAGUGACUGUAUUACUGAAAUUUGCUUAUCUUGUAGUGCCCUCUCUUUGUAGUUAUUUGUACUGAUUUUUAUACCCUUAACACUAUCUUCAACUUUUCUUUACCCACUACAGGUUAUAAUUUUCAUACUUUUGGUACUCCUUAGUUUCUAUUCCUCAAAAUUUUCUUAUUUGCAUAAAGAAGUUAAUUGCUGAAUUGAUACUGAGUAUGGAUGUAGAAAAAUAUACUUUUGAAAUGGCAGCAAAAAAACACAUGAAUGAAAGCUGACUGAAGCUACUUUUAAAAACCUGUGGUUCCUUCACUUAUGAAAAUAGAGGAGAGGAUUUUAGGAAAUGUGAGUAUUCAGUGAUAUUCAAGAGAGUUAUACUAGUACUCAUCUCUCCCUUAUUUUUACAUUAUGGAGCAAUAAGCUUUCAUAGAUGUUGAUGUGCCGGACUUAGAACAUGUUUUGCUUCUUCUUUUCUAGCUUGGGUGGUUCUGUUUGAUUUUAAACAGAUGUCUUCAAAUGAAAAUAACAGAAAAUUCUAACUUCUAUAAUGUAACUAGCAUUGACAAAAUAUUGUAACAAAUAUCUUCAUUUUUUAUACCCAUGAUAUUGUUGCUCUUUGUUUAAAUUAUUUCUGCAUUGUGGUAUUUUGUAUUAUGGAUAAUGAACUUUUAUUCUGGAGUUUGCUAUUGGAAGGAUAUUUUUACUCAGCAUUAACUGAUUGAUGGCUUGUACUGUGUGCCUUGAACUGAAGUUUGUCCACUGUAAUGUUGUUAGCCAGUGUUGUAUCUUCAGAGUAAUGAUCCAAGCCUCAUUCUCUUGCCUCGUCCCCUCCUCAACUCUUUCCCCCCACCCCUCCUGCCCCAGGCCAAAAUACACACACAAACACACACACACACACACACACACACACACACACACACACACAGAGAGAGAGAGAGAGAGAGAGAGAGAGAGAGAGAGAGAGAGAGAGAGAGAGAGCUAUUGUUAUGACUUAUCCAUCACUUCAUAAUGAUGUUUUUCAAUUUGAUUCUUUUGAAUUUCUUUCUCUUGUUUGUCAAAAAACCUACAUCAUUUUUGCAGAGUCUUCUAUCUGGCAUUUUGGCUUCAACAAGAAAGCUGAUAUGACAAGAAAAUUGAGGAACUUUUACCAUAAUUGAGUAUGAAUAUGAUACCCUGCAUUUUUAAAUGAAAAGAAAUUGUAGCUGUUUAAAGCUCAUAUUUAUAACACAUAAUGUGGUUUAUUGUUAAUGAGCUCCUUUAUCUGUGAUUUGUGAAUCAGACUGUUUACAGUAAUAAUUGGUAACAUUCAACUGUGUUUCUCUCCUACUUACAGUUCAACAAUGCAUUUUGAGAGGUGUCACAUGAUGAUGAGAGCAUUGUCUCUAAAAACAUGUUGUUGAGCUGUAAGUAGGGCACGAAUAGAAUUGAAUGCUACCAAGUAUUAUUGUAAAAACCUAACAACAAGUACCUCACAUCCGUAAUGGAUGAUGAUAUUGAUCUUUGGUCUGUCGCCUGUGUGUCUGACAGAUUUUGAGGGUCCCAUUGUUCAUUUGGCCAGUGAUAAAAUAGCUGCAGAUUCUUUCUGGAAGUUUCUCUUUCGGAAGCUGUUUGAGAGUACAUGUUUUGGUAAAAUAUACAUGUAAUAUUAAAUUAUCCAUUUUCGUAGUAGUCCCUAUAGUACCAAGAACUGGAAGAUUCAGCUGGAAUACUAAAUAUAUGCAAAAUAUGUUAGUAAUAGUGUGAUACAAAAACACCACUGUAGUUUCCUUAUUUUUGAAAAUUGUCUUUAAUGAAAGUAAAUUUUUGGUAAUUAGAA